AGACAAUGAAAUCGCUAGGCUUUGUUUACCUGUGAGGGUCUCUACUGCGCAUGCGGUUCGUGUGCGCAUGCGCUCACCGCCAGGAACGGCUACUUCUCAAAGUUUCUGAUGGGAGAAUACGAAGAGAUAAUCGUUCCCAGAAGCUCGGUGACUUUUUUGGGUGUUAGUGGAGGGCAGAAUGCGGCAGUGAGCCGCGGCGCUGUGCGGCUUUAGGACCCGAGUCCCGGGGAGAGAGUCGACAUGUUUCCAGCCAACACCGAAACCAAAAGAAUAGAGAUCCCCUCCAGCGUUUUGGAUGAUCUUUGCAGCCGGUUCAUCCUCCACAUCCCCAGCGAGGAGCGGGACAAUGCCAUCCGGGUGUGCUUCCAGAUCGAGCUGGCCCACUGGUUCUACCUGGACUUCUGCAUGCAGAACUCUCCCGGGAUGCCCCACUGUGGAAUACGGGACUUUGCCAAAGCAGUGUUCCAUCAUUGUCCGUUUCUGCUGCCUCACGGGGAGGACGUGCAGAAGGUCCUGGAGCAGUGGAAGGAGUACAAGAUGGGGGUCCCCACCUACGGAGCCAUCAUCCUGGAUGAGUCCUUAGAGAACGUGCUGCUGGUCCAGGGCUACCUGGCUAAAUCCGGCUGGGGUUUUCCCAAAGGGAAGGUGAACGAGGACGAAGCCCCUUACGACUGCGCGGUGCGAGAGGUGUUGGAGGAGACCGGGUUCGAUAUCAAGAACCGCAUCUGCAAAGAGAUGUUCAUCGAGCAGAAGAUCACCGACCAGCUGGUGAGGCUCUACAUCAUAGGAGGAGUUUCUAAGGACACAAAGUUCAACCCCAAAACGCGGAAGGAGAUCCGGAACAUCGAAUGGUUUCCCAUCGAGAAGCUGCCCUGUCACAGGAACGACAUGACCCCAAAGUCCAAACUGGGACUGGCUCCAAAUAAGUUCUUCAUGGCCAUUCCAUUUAUAAGGCCGCUGCGGGAGUGGGUCAGCCGGCAGAGGGGGGGGUCGGACAGCGAGGAGGAGCCCUCCAAACCUCUGGACAGGUCCAAAGCCCGACACGUGGUGGGUUCUGAUCCGCUCUCCGGAGAGUUUUGGGCCAAACACAAGCAGCAGAAGAGUGUGAGCCAGAAUGAGCUGAACCAGAAAUCCGGCCUGAAAAGCGGUGGGAAGAAGUUCCAGGAGUCUCCGUGUGCGAGGAAAGGAGCUGGAGACGGUGGAUCCAACAGCCAGCAGAGAGAAGAUAAAAGGCAUCAACCCAGAAGAUUACAAGACAUUUUUGAUAAAGAUGUGUCUCCAGGCUGUUCCAGCUACGGAACAUCAUCUGGAGGCAGAGCCCUGCAGAACCUGGCCUCCUCUGAGGCUUUCCUCAACUUCAGAUUUGACAGAGAUGCCAUCAUGAAAUGCUUUGACUACUGACUCCCACCAGCCUUUGACCCAGUCGACUCUUUGUUUUACACUCCAGCUUUCUGACUUCUGGACUUGAAUCCCAUUCUGCCGUCACUUUGCCAAAAUCCUUAAAGUUUUCCCUUCACAUCCUCUGUAGAUUACACAGGAAUCAAAGCCCAGGACCCUCUGAGGUUAACCCACAAUCCUGUAAAGCCAACACACAAACAUUUAGAGGCUGAAUGGACUUGACAACCCAAAAAAAAAGAUAAAUAAUCAUGAAAUGAGCCCUCUGAGAUGAUCCUGGUUUUAAUGAUGAGGGUAGAGGUUAGAUUUCUGAGCUCUGAAGACUAUCUGGAAGUGGCUUUUAGCACAAACUACACAGGAUUUUAUAUGGGAUGUCAGUAAUGUUUCAUUAAAUGUUCAAUAUUGUCAUAGUAUUGGUAGACAAAUGUGUCCUUUUAUUUUAUUUUUUGUUGUUUUAUUGUUCCUCUGCUGGAUGGAAAACGGCUGCUAAUGUCACGAGUUGAAUUGAUGUUUGAAAGUCCAGAAAAAGUCCAGUAAAAUAGAAAAUGAGUGUUCUGAUGCCUAUGAAACGUGACCACGAAGGGUUUUUAAAUGUGUUUUAGUCACAGAAAUAUCUGCUUUGAAUCUAAAAAGGGGAGUUUGGUGGCUUUUAAAUAUCAAUAUAUGACUGUGUCUGCAUUGAGGGCGAUCCAAGCUUAUUUAUAUAACUUUUUUUUAACAGCAUUUAUAUCUUUUCCCCUAAAUUGAUGAGCAUUUGUUUAUCAAAUAAAAUUUGAGACCUACAAAAGGGGAAGAUUCUUUAAAUGUCAUGUUUGCAUCAGCAGAUUUGUCCAUUGUGUUUUAUUUUCAACACAAUCCACUUCCCUCUUGUUUUCUCUCCUUUCAGCAAUUCUGUUGAAAGCAGAAAAAAUGAGUAAAAGAUCAACUAAAACUCAGUAAACUCUCAGUAAAGUUUUCCUUUCUGAAAAGGCCCCGCUGAUAUUUCCAAUUAGCUGAUCUGAAAACUACAGAAAAUGUCUGUUUUCUGUUGUAAGUGUUCAUUUUUUUAUCAUUGAAAGCAACAUUUCAGUGUUUUUCUUUCUUGUGAUGUUCGUUUUGAGCAAUUCUUUAUCACUGAAUGUGGAGACGAUCUUGGAAAUUUCUAUAUAGCUUUGAUGGUGUUUUUACUUGGAAUGUGAAUGUUAAUAAAGACUGUUUUUCAUUACUACUGGAUACUGACCUAUUGUACAAGCAUCAGAAUUUACUCUUAACUGAGGC